GCAAUUAUGGUUAUGGAGAGGCAUAGAACCCGUUAACCCGUAUCUGGGAGGAGCAAAGCAACCUAUCAAAAUCGGUCAGUGGUAAGCGAAGUAGCCCAAAUCGAAACUCUCUCUCUCUCUCUCUCUCUCUCUCUCUAUCUCUGUGUGUGUGGGUGUCAAUGGCAAAUCCAAAUGUUCUAUUCCUUCUCCUCUGCUUCCUAUCUAUCUUCCUAUCCUUCGUUCACUCCGAUUCCCAUUUCGAAGGCUUCGAAGCCGAAGAAGAUGACUUCGAAGACCUUUCAAUCGAUCCUUCCUCUCUCCGAUCACCGCCCUCCCAGAAACUCUCCACACCCACUCCCCACUCCGAUCCUAAUCCCGACCCUCCAGCUUCGGAUCUUCCCAAAUCCCCACCCACCACCACCACCACCACUUUCGAUUUCUGGGACGACGAAGAAUUCGAAGGCGUACCCAUCGAAAACCCCACCCCCGAAGUCCCCACCGAUCCCAAAUCCCCCGAAAACGCUUCCGAUCCCGCAACCCCUCACAACCCCCAAAACGUGAAACCCACGCGCUCCUUCACCGUCGAGAUCGUCUGCGGAAGCUUCCUGGUGAUGUUCGCCAUCAAUUACUUCACCGGAAAGCGCGAGAACGAGAACAUAGCCCUCUCGUGGGCGGCGCAGUUCGCGGCAAAGGACUCAAUCUUCGAGAAGAAUUUCAGCCUAUUGGGAAUCGGCGACGGCGGCGACGACGCGCCGUUGUUGUUGAAGGAGGGGCAGACGACGUUCAAGUUCUACGCGAGCGGGAGAAGGUACUGCCAGGGGUUGUUGGCGACGUUGGAGUUGAAGAGCAGGCACGAUCUGAUUGCGAGGAUUUACAACAUGAUCGUUCCCUGCAGGGACGAGAUCGCGUUUGAGGUUUACAUGAGCGACGACGCCAUGGAUCAUGUCGUUUUUGCCAUGGCUAAGAAGAAGGCUGCCAAAGCCAUGCAGAAGGACGUUAGGGAUUUGCAGAGGUUUGGGAGUGUUCUUUCUCCUCCCAAUUCCAGAAAGUGGGUUGUUGAUGACCUCUCUGUUAUUUCUGAGUCCAAGGAAGUCGCUGCUGAUUUGAUUACCGAUGCCGUCAUUGAUCAGGUUUUUGGUGAAAAAGCUUUUGAGAAAUUUGGAAAAGGUUUAAUUUCAUUGCAUUUCUCCGACCAGCACCCUGGCACGCACAAGAAAGUUUUGUUGUUCAAGUUUGUGCUUCCAUCUGCUAAGAACAUGGCUGAUAUGACUCGACUGGUUGCCCUUGUUCCAUAUUAUAUUGACUUGAUUGGAAGAUAUAAAUUAAGUUCCCAGGCUCGGUCUAAGACAGAAGCUGCACGACAAAAGGCUGCUCUAGAGGCACAAAAAGAACUCCGAAGUGCCCAACAAGAGGCCAUGCAGAGAAGGAAGGCAGAGAGGAAGAAGAUGAUGGAGGAGGCUGAGGCAAAGCUCAGUGCAGAGGCUAUUCGAAAGAAAGAAGCAAAGGAGCGUGCUCGUCAAAUGAAAAAGGCAAUGCCAAGGAUGAAAAUGGCCCGAGGUGCCUAAUUCUUGAAUGUUUUCAUUCACAGGUAAAAUUGAAGGCCCCUCUCUACUGCGGGCGUACUUUGUAGUUGGGUCUUCCUUGCUUACUUUAUAGUUGGGUCCUCCUUGCCUUCUGUAGAAUUUAGAGCAAUGCACUUUUUUAGUUGGCAUUUCCUCCCAAAUUAGCUAGAUAGGCGAGACCACGUGUUGGUGGAUUUUGAAUGUACCAAACUUUCAAUUUUAGGGACAUUUAUGAGCUCCAGGUAACAACUUAAAUCUACUGGUCUUAGUUUCUAGUUGACAAUGUGUUGAAUUCCCAUUUUCCUUUUGUCAAACAUGCUUAAAAUGCAUGCGGUGACAAAUGCCUAAUGAACUUGCCUUUGAAAUUUUUUUCUUUG